AUUGUGAGGGAGUACUCUAAUAAGACGACCUCUGUCAAUAACUCUCUUCCCCUCUCUUCUCUCCUCUGGUUCAGUGGUUCUCUCACAAUGAUGGACGCAUACAACAAUCCCUCGGCGGUGGAGUCGGGUGACGCCGCCGUGAAAAGCGUCGACGACGAUGGUCGAGAGAAGAGAACGGGAACAUUUUGGACGGCGAGUGCGCACAUAAUCACGGCGGUCAUAGGCUCAGGGGUGCUGUCGUUGGCUUGGGCUAUAGCACAGCUUGGUUGGGUGGCAGGAACCACAGUUUUGGUCGCUUUCGCCAUCAUUACUUACUACACGUCCACCUUGCUCGCCGACUGUUACCGUUCGCCGGACUCCAUCACCGGAACACGCAACUAUAAUUACAUGGGCGUCGUCCGAUCUUACCUUGGUGGUAAAAAGGUUCAGCUAUGUGGAGUGGCACAGUACGUGAAUCUCGUAGGGGUCACUAUUGGUUACACCAUCACUGCCUCCAUAAGCUUAGUAGCGAUUGGGAAAUCAAAUUGUUAUCAUGACAAGGGACAUAAAGCGAAAUGUUCUGUAUCGAAUUAUCCAUACAUGGCGGCAUUUGGGAUCGUCCAGAUCAUUCUGAGCCAGCUUCCUAACUUCCACAAGCUCUCUUUCCUAUCCAUCAUCGCCGCGGUUAUGUCCUUCUCUUAUGCGUCUAUCGGAAUAGGCCUAGCCAUCGCUACUGUAGCAAGUGGGAAGAUUGGUAAGACAGAAUUGACAGGGACAGUGAUAGGUGUGGACGUAACUGCGUCUGAAAAAGUUUGGAAAUUGUUUCAAGCGAUUGGAGACAUUGCCUUUUCAUACGCUUUUACCACUAUUCUCAUCGAGAUUCAGGACACAUUGAGAUCAAGCCCACCAGAGAACAAAGUGAUGAAACGAGCAAGUCUUGUCGGAGUCUCAACCACAACUGUUUUCUACAUCUUGUGUGGUUGCAUCGGAUAUGCUGCGUUCGGCAACCAAGCCCCUGGUGACUUCCUUACCGAUUUUGGUUUUUACGAACCUUAUUGGCUCAUCGACUUUGCCAAUGCUUGCAUUGCUCUCCAUCUAAUAGGUGCCUAUCAGGUGUAUGCGCAGCCGUUUUUCCAGUUUGUUGAGGAAAACUGCAACAAAAAAUGGCCUCAAAGCAAUUUCAUCAACAAAGAAUACUCGUCAAAGGUUCCUUUGCUUGGAAAAUGUCGUGUCAACCUCUUCAGACUGGUUUGGAGGACAUGCUAUGUUGUUUUGACAACAUUUGUAGCAAUGAUAUUCCCCUUCUUCAAUGCGAUCUUGGGUUUGCUAGGGGCAUUCGCGUUCUGGCCACUCACAGUUUAUUUUCCGGUGGCAAUGCACAUUGCGCAGGCUAAAGUCAAGAAGUAUUCUCGUAGAUGGUUGGCCUUGAACCUCCUCGUAUUGGUUUGCUUGAUCGUCUCGGCCCUUGCCGCCGUAGGAUCCAUCAUUGGCUUAAUUAAUAGUGUCAAGUCAUACAAGCCCUUCAAGAAUUUAGACUAGUGUGACUUAUAAUCUAUGUUUGCCAAAAAAAAACCUUGUGAUCCAUAUGAAUUAUAUGAAAUUUAUUUCAUGCUAAAUAUUUAGUACUUAAUGUUUC